AUGUCCACCCAACACUCGACUGCUAACGGCGUCUUGAUGCCGCCAUACGGCAAUUCAGAAAACACGCCAAAGUUCGUCUGGGAAAGUACUCCUGGAUUGGAGCACCAUUGCCCGGUGUGCGCCACGCCGAACUCGCACUCAUCCGUCAACACUUUCUGCCUGGGCGACCAUGUCAUGCCAUGCCCGAAAUACCACCAGACUCUCUUCUGGCCCAACAAGACAAGCGAGUGCGAUGCUUGCAACCGCUCUCGCGAGGAGCAUUACAAAAGGCACAAGGACAUCGUGGCCUCGUUGCGCGAGCUCGAGCGCCUCGGUGUUAGGGUCUUCCCACCGCCGCCGCCCAGCACCAAUGCCGGAAAAGCAGGCGCACUCGAAGCCAAUGGCGCCUGUGUUCCGAUGAGCCGAUCACAGAAAAAGAAAGCAAAGAAACAACAGAAGGCCCUGGCUCGAGGAAGCACGGUGAAUUCGACUCCCUAUGCCGACAUCCACCGCGUCGCAAAGGCUUUCCACCCCGAUCCAUUGGAUCAGCAGGAGGGAUUCGAAGAGGAUCAUAUUGAAGUGGACGAUUCAAACUUCCCAGACAAUCUAUUGCGUGACAGCCUAGACUACGCUUGGUACCGGCGAAGUCUUUCCCAGGGAAGAGUCGUCCCUCCUAAGAUCGACGAAGAGGUCGCCGCCGCCCUGAAGCGCCUGGGCGUCGACGUUUCCCCAGCUGGACUGAAAAAAUUCACAAAGGCUCAGAGAAGCGUGGUCAACAGGCUGCUUGGUCUCGCGAGGGCCGAUCUCCAUGCCCUGUGGAACGAGGAAGUCGAAACGGCGAAGCGCAGGGGCGGCUUUCUGCGAUACGCCUCCAUAAAGGCUCUCGAGCGCAUGCAUGAUACAAGAAUGGAGACACUCGAGCGUUUGAAAAGGCAGGGCAGGGCAGGCGAAGUUGGACAGGUGGCACCGGAUGUUCAUCCGGAAGAGGAAGAUGGCCAGCAGGGGGAAGCAGUCAAGAACGAAGAAGCUGAUCAGCGUGAGGAAGCAGUCGAGAACGCGGCAGCCGAUCAGCAGGAGGAAGCAGUCCAGAAAAAGGCAGAUGCUGUCGAUGCUGAGGAGAUUGAUGCUCCCACCCAGGAGCAGGUCAGGUCCGACAGCGAGACUCCUGAGGCCAAAGUGUCCGGAUCUGGUAUCAACGACACCAGCAUGGAAGACCCGGCCAUGGAGCCUUCUAAACUUGGCCAGAGCGACGACACCCUGCUGAAGACGGCCAUUGGCAUUCCUCUCCCGCCGCCGACCCUAGAGGAGCACAGGGACUGGGAUGUUCAAGUCAACAAGGCCAAUUUCCGCAGGAUAGUUGAGAACACCUACAUCCCUCCGGCGCGGACGACUCUCAAAGCGAGAGAUUUCUUCAAGGCCGGCGUUUACAACUUGCACAACCAUGACAUCUGGGCGCAGCCACGCGACACGCCUCUGGAGCGGUUGGUUGAUCCAGAGAAGGCGUACGUCAUGAUUUCCAACCACCACAUCGACCCCAAGCGCCCGAGGUACGAUGACUGGAAGGCCUUCAUGACCGACAUGAAGAUGCCCAUCCACCGUCCUUAUGUGACGGUGCCGAUCAUGCCGGAUGGGGUCUUCAGCACCCAUGUGGACGUCGGCGCCCCCGCCAAAGCGUCGUCUUCACGUCUCGUCGUGCCAAUGGGAGAGGAUGUCUACAUGGCAGAGGAGCAGCUCAUCGAUGAAGCGGUGAAAGCGCUGCUCAAGGGCGCAGCGGGCUGCCCGCCGGGUCACGUCGCCAUGCUGAUGAGCAAUCACAUCGUCCCUUUCGUCUUCGACGCGACGCAGCCGGCGCCCGACUUCCUCGUCGAGCAGUUCACCCGCGGCGACGGCUUCUGGGCCGAGCAGUGCUGGCAGUACCAUCUCGUCGGCAGCAUGAACCAGCGGAACCUGAUGCUGCGUGACGGGCUGCUGCGCAAGAAAGACCUUGGGAUGGCGACGGCCGAGGACGCGGCGCAGAUCGAGCAGCUGGAGCGCCCGCUCAACAACAACGACUUGCCGCGCGGCUGCAUCUGCGGCGGCCUCCAUACCGAGCGCAUGGUCGAGUGCGAGAACGCCCAGUGCCACUUGAGCGGCGUCCCCGUGCACGCCCGCUGCGUCGACGUCAUCUACGCCCCGGCCGAGGGCGAGCACUACUUCUGCCGGAAGUGCACCAACGACCUGGUGUGGUUCGCCGUCGAGGAGAAAACCUGGAAACGCAUCGAAGACGCCGUCGGCGAUCCCGACAAGAAGGCGCCGAAGCUGGGCAUGACGAGCGACGACCUGACUGCGCUGCUGACCGGGGUGCUGCGCCUUGUCCAUUCCGACGCUGGCACCCAGGCCUUCGUGGACUUCGUGGAGAAGCCCUUCGAUCCCGUGCCCAGGGAGAAGGUCCCCGUGGAGAAGAUCGCGGAGCAGGUUGUGAGUCUCGUGGAGGAUUCUAAGGAGAUGGGCAUGGCCAAGCUUGAGGCACGGGAUGCCUACAUGUGCAUAUACGGCGUCAGGACGCUCGAGGAGUGCGCGAGGGCGCAGGACAAGGGUGAGAUGAGGGAAGGGGAGAACAACCUCAACUGGGGCACCGAGAACCUUGGACCCAAUGCCCGCAAACUCUUCCUCUCUGAUCCCGUCAAGGGCGCCGAGGCUGUGGUGAGGUGGGACAUGGCGAAGCACUUAUAG